AUGUUUGCUGCCAUCCUGCUGGCCCUGGCCCUGCUGGGCAGUGCCCACCCCCGCUCCAAAGACCCCUCCUACGAGGCGGGCAUUGUGUGUCGUAUCACCAAACCUGCCACUCUGGUGUUGAACCAGGAGACCACCAAGGUGAUCCAGAAAGCCUUCCAGCGAACCAGCUACCCAGAUAUCCAGGGGGAGAAGGCCGUGAUGUUCCUCGGGCAAGUCAAGUAUGGUCUGCACAACAUACAGAUCAGCCACCUGUCCAUCGCCAGCAGCCAGGUCAAGCUGGUGGAAGACAAAUCCAUCGACAUCUCCAUUCAGAAUGUGUCCACGAUUUUCAAGGGGACUCUCCACUACGGCUACACCGGCGCCUGGGGGCUGGGCAUCAGUCAGUCUGUGGACUUUGAGAUCAACACUUCCAUAGACCUCCAGAUCAACACGGAGCUGACCUGUGACUCUGGCCGCGUGCAGGCCGAUACUUCCGACUGCUACUUGUCUUUCCACAAGCUACUCCUGAACCUCCAUGGGGAGCGUGACCCUGGGUGGAUCAAGCAGUUGUUCACAAACUUCAUCUCCUUAACCCUGAAGUUGGUCCUGAAGAGACAAGUCUGCCAAGAGAUCAAUGUCAUCGCUAAUAUCAUGGCUGACUUCGUCCAGAUGAGGGCCGCGGACUUCCUCUCAGACAAAGACAUUGAGGUGGACAUUUCCCUGACUGGAUCACCUGUCAUUAAAGCUACCUACCUGGAAUCUCAUCACAAGGGUCACGUCAUCUAUAAGAAUGUUUCGGAGGACUCCUCCCUCCCCACCUUCUCCCCCAGCCUCCUGGGAGACUCUCGCAUGCUCUACUUCUGGUUCUCUGAGCAAGUCCUAGACUCCCUAGCCAAGGCUGCAUUCCAGGAUGGCCGUCUGAUGCUCAGCCUGUCAGGAGAUGAGUUCAAGGCAAUGCUGGAAAGCCACGGUCUCAGUACCAACCAGGACAUCUUACAGGAGCUUUUUGGGGGCUUUCCCCUGAACCAGGCCCAGGUAACUGUCCAUUGCCUGAAGAUGCCCAAGCUCUCCUGUCAAAGCCAGGGCGUCGUGGUCAGUUCUUCUGUGAUGGUGACAUUCGUCGUCUCUCAGCCAGGCGGACAACCCUUUGUGACUUACACUUUUGAAGAGGACAUCAUUACCACCACCCAGGCCUCCUAUUCCAAGAAGAAGCUCUUCCUAAAUGUCCUGGAUUUCCAAAUUAAACCGAAGGUGGUUUCCAACUUGACUGAGAGCUCCGAGUCUCUCCAGAGCUUCCUGAGGUCCAUGAUCACCACAGUGGGCAUUCCUGAGGUCUCAUCUCGGAUGGAGGUGGGCCUCACCGCCUUCAUGAAUACCAAAAACCUGGACCUCUUUGAAAUAAUCGAUCCUGAGAUUAUCACCCGGGAUGGCUACCUACUGCUCCAGAUGGACUUUGGCUUCCCUGAGAACCUGCUGGUAGACUUCCUCCAGCACUUGACCUAG